CUGUGGCUAUCCUUUACUGCUUCUUAAAUGGUGAAGUUCAAAAAUCUAUGCGUCAUUUGUGGCGCCGUUGGUCUACACGUCGCACCGUUCACGGAUCACAGAGAUACUCCUUAUCAUAUCGCUCAUCUAACUGCGAGAGAGACAACACCCUCAAGCUGUACAGAAGCGCUAGAGGGAUUCAAAACCGUGGAAGCUGCGUAUCUUUCACCACUACAACCACCACCAACUGGCACUCAAAUUGCAACCGCUGCGACUGACAGCGGCUUAACAGCGCGACAGGCAGAACUCCCUCUCGCGGAAAGCACGUGCACUUUUGAACCUUCACUAUGGUGCACAUAGAGUAACAUCUAGUAGAGUUCACAUUUGUGCAUAAAAAGAGCGAAAAAGUAUUCAGUUUUUGAAAAUCCUGUUAAAUUAUAUUUUCUGUCCGUUUAAUAAUAUA